AUAAACAGAUCUGCACCCCAUCGUAUUGGAAUUGCAAAUGUCUUGAGUGCUGUUGGAUAUCACGUUUUGGUGCUGGACUACAGAGGUUUUGGGGACUCCACUGGUGAGCCUACAGAGGCCAGUCUGACUACUGAUGCUGUGUACAGCCUGGUGUGUGUGUGGGGUCACUCGCUUGGUAGUGGUGUUACAACUGACACUGCAGUCAAAUUACUGGAGCAAGGAGAACAGUUUGAUGGAAUAAUACUUGAGAGUGCAUUCGUAACUGGAUGGGUAGCAAGCGAUCAACCUAUUGAACACCCUUUUAUUUGGAAUUGCAAAAAAGACCGAGAACUCGGAUAAGUGGGUCA